CGCGCGGCGCCCAUUGGCCGCGCUCCUCCUGCCACCGCCCCGCCGCGGGGAGGGAGGUGCCAGCGACUGCCCGGGCUGUUGCUGCCGCUAUUCCAACGGGGCCGCAGCGGAGCGGGGGUUAGAGCGGAGAGCGAAGGGCGAAGCGUGGCUCCGCAGACGCGGCGUGCCGGCAUCACGGGCUUGUCUACCCGGCCGCCGCCUGCGAACCCGGCUUACGGGCGAGGGGAAGCAGGGUGAAAGAAAGACAAGCCCAAACACCGAGCGAUCUCCAGCGUCUGGGUCCGCCUGCUUCCUUUAAAACAAUUUCGAGGGAAAAACCUCAGUUACUGUGUUGUUGGCAAUUUGUGCCGCGUAUGGAGUUGUUUUCCGCAUACCCCUGACAAACAAAGGAAAAGGGGGAGGGGGACUGCGUUUCGUAGAAGACAUGCGUUCAGUCAAGAAGAGAUGGACUGUAUGCACCAUAAGCCUCCUCCUCAUCUUUUACAAGACGAAAGAAAUUGCGCGGAGCGAGGACCGUCAAGAGGCACCUCUCGCAGGAGAUGUUGAACUGAGUUUGAGUAGAUCGAUGAUCAAUAGCUCUGAUAAGAUAAUUCGGAAGGGCAGCUCCUCUAUCUUCCAUCAUGCUGUAGAAGGUUGGAAAAUCAAUUCUUCUUUGGUACUGGAAAUAAGAAAGAACAUUCUUCGAUUUUUGGAUGCUGAAAGAGAUGUCUCAGUGAUUAAAAGCAGCUUCAAGCCAGGAGAUGUAAUCCAUUACGUACUGGACAGACGUCGCACCCUAAACAUUUCUCGGGAUUUGCACAGUCUUCUUCCUGAAGUUUCCCCAAUGAAGAAUCGACGAUUUAAAACCUGUGCAGUUGUUGGGAACUCUGGCAUCCUUCUGGACAGUGGAUGUGGCAAAGAGAUUGAUGGCCAUGACUUUGUAAUAAGGUGCAAUCUGGCUCCUGUGGUGGAGUUUGCCGACGAUGUGGGAACUAAGUCUGAUUUCAUUACCAUGAACCCCUCAGUUGUACAAAGAGCGUUUGGAGGCUUUCGGAAGGAGAGUGACAGAGAAAGAUUUGUGCGCAGGCUAUCCAUGCUGAAUGACAGUGUCCUUUGGAUCCCUGCUUUCAUGGUAAAAGGUGGAGAGAAGCAUGUGGAGUGGGUUAAUGCAUUAAUCCUUAAGAACAAAUUGAAAGUGCAAACGGCCUAUCCAUCACUGAGACUUAUUCAUGCUGUCAGAGGCUAUUGGCUGACAAACAAGGUCCGCAUCAAACGACCCAGCACAGGCCUGCUUAUGUAUACGCUUGCCACCAGAUUCUGUGAUGAAAUACACCUGUAUGGAUUUUGGCCAUUCCCAAAGGAUUUACGUGGAAAACCAGUCAAGUAUCACUAUUACGACGACCUGAAGUAUCGCUACUUUUCUAACUCCAGUCCUCACAGGAUGCCAUUAGAGUUUAAGACGUUGUAUGUAUUACACAGCAAAGGAGCGCUGAAAUUAACAACGGGGACAUGCAUAAAGCAAUAAAGCACAUGUGAAGUAUGAUAAGAAGUGCAGGAUACAGGCUUGGUCAUGAGGAUGUUGUGGAAUGGCAUUGAGAUCCUGGUGAGGAUAUGUUUUCCUAUCCACUAAGCCAUCAGGAAAAAGGAAUUUUAUCAGAAGUACAUAACCAGCUGUUAGACCUGCAAAGUGCUCUGUAACUAAGAUGAGCUGAUUGCGAGGGCUCAAGUAAGUGCCACUUUCUCUAAGAACAAAGCUUGAAUGUAUACUCAGUAGUGUUUACAGGACCCAAUGACAAACAUAUCUUGAAUUAAAGAAGAAAAAUUACAACCUGCUGACUUGCCACUGUGGUCAGCCCACAAAAGAAAUCCCCACGAGAGGUCUACUUCUGUGAGCAAACUGAAAACAAGGCUUUGACAAGAAAGGUUGUGAUGGAAUUGAGUAGAGAAAGUGAAGUCCAUAAGAUUGAGCAAAUCAGUUAAUGCCUUCAGUCAGAGGACAGCUUCUGAUCUUGCAUUAUAACCUCAGCUCUUGUUGCUGUUUUUUCUUACUGUUGGUUAAGUUUUGUUGCUUUUAAAUACUGGAGCCCUUAAAGGAUUUUGAGGAUGUUAUGAGUAAUUAAAAGUGUACAUCUGAUGUAACUGUCCUAGGAGAAGGAUUUGUAAGAGUGAGAGGGUGGUGGGAAACAUGAAAUACUUUACCAGUCAUUGGUGUGCUGUAUCCUGCUGUCACACAACCCUUCAUGUCCCAGUUGCUUUUCUAGCUACCACUGUCAGUGCCCACUACAUGGACUACUCAGAGGUCACUUUGAUCCAUUUUUAAAGGUGUUUUUUUUUCUGUCAUGCUCAGAUUUGAAGAUACAUGGGAAAGGUCUCUUAUUUUUGGUACCAAAGAUUACUUGGGUUUUUUUUCCUUUCCUUAAAGAAACAGUGUAAAUUUAGUAGUGUGUUUCUUUUAUGCUGAAGGGACAUAUUCCUUAGGUUACUUAGAUGUUUUAAAUUAAGAAUCUCAAAGCAAAGCCUCUCUAUGGACUCUGCAGGAGUAAAUACACUGUUUCAUACAUACAAAUACCAACACACAGUUGUUAUGCCCGACUGAAAGGAGAAUACAAGGUCUAAAGAAUCUCAGGUGACACUGGAACACGUCUGAAGAAAAGAACGACCUCACCAAUUAAAUGGAAAACAACUGCAGAUUAAACAGCUCUUCUGAAAAUUGUCAUUUCCAUUGGUGGUGUUGGACAAUCUCUAAAAUACCUCUUUUAUAUGAGCUUGAUACUCUGGUGCGUGAUGACUGAAAAAAUAACUGAGAGCUGCAUUAUCUCAGUGACUUUUCUAAGCAGUGUUCUUUUUUUACCUGUGAAACCAAGAAUUCUUUCACUCUCUACUUUGGAAAAAAGAGAGAACAAGAAAUUACAGGAAGGUCGGUAGGAGUGGCAUAUUAGUUCAGCAAAUACUAAGAUACAGGACCUGUCUGCAUGUAUUAAGCUUUAGCACUAGUGGAGCGGGUAGAUAAAUAAGGCUGUGGUUCCACCGUUCUCGUGUCUGGCAAGGCUGAGGACAAGGCAUGUGGAUGCAGUGUAUGAGUGUUCCCUUGUUAUCUUCAGCUCUACAUGGCUUCUCCACAUGCAAAUAUGAUACAUGCACUGUAUCCAUCAGGUUUUGAUCUAGCUUGAGCAGCUUGGUAUGUAGCACAACACUGACAAACUUUUACUAGCUGAAAGUGACUUUAAUUACCCAUUUUUCUGCCUGAGUUCACAAGUAUUUUGUCCUGCAUGACUAGAUGUCUGUGAUGAUGUUAAUUUAGCAGCUGAAAGUUUAGCAGCAGAGAGGGUUUUUUUCCCCCCCAGAUUUUAAGGAAAAUUGGAAGUCAUUCUGCUCUAUCCAGAAUACAGCAGUUUCUUUCCUUAUUCACCAGCCUGUCCUACCCAGGGUAGUUUAUUUUGGCUGUAUGUCAAGGUGUGGGAUGUGGUUCUAAUGUGGUUCCAGCUGAAACCAAGGCAUCACAAGGAACUAAGCAACAGUGCAGAGUGGGAUGUGUCUGACUUGUUGUUGCUAAGCCAGAAGGUGUUAUUUGUACACUGUGUAAACUUGUAGUUUUAGACAAGGUCGUUUCUUUGAAAGGUGGGAAUAUUCCUGAUCUUUCUCUUAGGCUUUUGCUGCUGCUUGAUCUUCUAAAACAUAUUUUAUAUGCAGUGACAGAAUUUCUGUUGAGAUAAAGGUGCCAGCCACACAGAAGCCCAGAGAACCAUCAGUUCACCUUUCCUUCAGGGAAUGUCUUUUCUUCUUUCUAGUAUCAGGCCAUCAACACAAAAAGGAACUCAAGUAAAUUAAAGCAUUAACUGACAGGCAAUGUUUUUAUUUCAAGAAAGGUUUUAGCACACCAGUUGGGUGUUUCUCUGACAGCAGACUAGAUGGAGACAAUCUAAUUCCUGUGAUAAUUAAAUACAUGUAUAUGUAUUACUUGAGUAACUGAGUAAAUGAAAACAAUGACCUGUAGAGAGGAAGACCGAUGAGAAAGUUUGCCUUUAGAAGUCAGCAGCAGUAUUUUUUACUCUGUUUUGGAGGCUUUACAUUUGAUUCUGUGCAAGUGAGGUUAGUUUUAGUACACAAGCCGUGGAGUCCCUAUCACUGAAUCUGAUAAAGCAGAGUGAUACAGGGCAAGGCUUGUCCCAGUUGGCUCGACUUCAAGACAUGACAGUAGCACUCACUUCUUAAAAAGAGUUUGCCCAUACCUUCUCAAACUUGGCCUUAACCUCCUGUCUUCUAGAUGUUCCACCUUCCAUACUGUGCACUUCUAGCACCAUGAGCCAUGCUCUCUUGGCUCUCUGCCAUCAUCCAUACUCUUCCUUCUCAUUGCAAUUAUCCCCUCAAGCAGGCACCCAGGUGUGCCUUCCUACUGGAAGCACAGGACUCUUUACCAGCCCAUCUCACCCACUUCAGCUUCAUUCUGAGCCAAAGUGUAAUGUGGUGAGUGGUAGAUUUCAAACCGCCCUCUGAAGCAAAUAGCAGUUGUAAUCUUUGAAGCUUUUUGCAAACACUGGGAGUCAUUUUACUCUGUUGCUCUUUGUCUCUCUUGAUCUGUGUGCACAUGGAGCCCAAAGAUUCUAGGGCUCUCCAGUGUGCAGUUUGUUGUGAUGCACAUUGUCUGGUUUUAGAUGGUUGGUGAGCAGCAGCUACUGGUUACUGUAGGGCUACCUGAGCUGGAAGAUGCCCAGAGCUUUUCCUGUUAGGUUACAUGGCCUCUGUUGCUAGCCUUCUUACUACUGGCUCAUUCCAGAGAUGCUUCCUAACCUUUCCCUUAUACCUCUUGGCUAUCUUUUGCCCUGGGAAUCUCUGUUUUUUUCAUUAAAGCACUCUAGACCUUGAAUGAAGAAAGACAAACUACAUCCACUGUGUGACUUUUUUUUUUCACAUAAGGUGACCCAGGGCAUAGUACCAAAGGCUUAGCUGCUGUACAAGGACUUUACAGGGGAGUAAUUUUCACCUCCAGAUAGUUGACAGGAUGGCAGUCAGCACCUCAAGGCUCCAUAGUUGCCUUGGGUACUUUCUGUUUUUCAUACACAUUCACAUGUCCCAUGCUGCCUACAACAGAGGAAAGAUAAACAGGCUUUACUGUAAUGACUGCUUUCAUCAUCCAACAUUAUCGACAACUAAUGCAAAGUAGAUAGGAUAAGAAGAAGGAUUCCUAAUGCUGCAAUUUUAUCUGCCUUUGUGAGGAACAACUGAAGAAUGCCUACCAGCUGAGUGUUCCUCAAAUUCGCCCUCACGUAGGUCGUAACAGUUGGCACCUGUGGUUCCUAAACAUAAGUUACAAGAAAAUGAAGACAGCAGUCUGUGUGUUUGCCUGAAUGCUGUGACACCUCUCAAUUGAACAACUCAAUGUCGUUGAGCUGUAGUUAAUUGUAUGUUGCUUGUUAACAAGAUGUUACUGUUUCUGUGGCAGCCUUUCAUAUUUCACGGAAAACUACAGAUAAGUACAUUUGAUUGUCAGAUUUUCAGCUCCAGGGCAGCUUUUUCUCCCAUAGCUCUGAGCCACUCUGCAGAUACAACAUCUCCCAGAUCUUUCAAACCUCAUCUGGUUUACACAAUUUGAUGUAUACUAAAGACUGUGCUCCUCUUUUAUUAAGCCACAAGCAACACGUGCGUGACGUUGGCGACUGUUCUCUGACUGACUGCAGUUUGGAAGAGAGCAGGGGGAGCGUGUUCAGUACCUUUUUUUUAUUGUUGGGUUAGCAAAGUGCUGAGCACUCUUUACAUCGACUUUCCUGGAGGGGGCAUCCAGGAUGUAGUGGGGGAUCUAGACUUAACCUAAUUUCUGGAUGUGACUCUGAAAUGGCACGUUAUUUAUUUACAAGUACUGUUACUUCAUGUAGGGAAAAGCACAACUGUUCUAACUGCAGAUGAAUUAAAGGAAGAGCGUUCGCAGAGAGCUUCAUUCCUGCACAGUACAGCAGCUACUGAGCAUAUGUAACACUGUUUCUGUGGUCUGAAUUAUCGACGAUGUGCUCUACCAGGAUUGUCAUGUUUGAAACUGUUAUUUCGAGUACAGUUAUGGGGAUCGGUUUUUUUAUUUGUAUAACUGUAAAAUAAUAAUAAAAAAAAAAAAAGGUUGUGUUUUUUAAUAUA